CACAAAAAGCAACCCUGAAAUCUUUAUAGAACAAGAAACGAUAACUAAACCAUAUAGGGCUAUUUAUAAGGUCUGCUUCCUUUAGAAUUCUGGGAGAUAAAUGGUUCGAUACAAAACACCUGUUGUCCAAUUGACUGCCAUAGUCAACUGUGCACGUGGAGCGCGGUCGAUUAACUGGGGUCACGUGACACACAGAAUUACAAACUUUGAAUUGGACUAUAAGAUCAUCAUUUCAACUCCGAUCAGCAAACUGAAAAGAAAACAGACAAUGUAAAACAUAUUGAAGGAUGAGCACAAGGGCCAUGAAUUCACAAGCCUCCAUGAAUGGCACCUAUGGUGCCAUGGACGACAUUGAAGCAUGGGACCACCAAGUGUCUCAAUCUUCUAUCCUAUACCUCCUCCAGGAAGCCUCAAAGUUGGCACUACCUGCCAAAGCGCUGGACUAUCCAGAGUCAGGUUCAGCAAAGGUGCCAUGUGAAAACUCUGAACAAAAGCAGCCCAUUUCAAGUUGCCUUUGCCCCUCUCAGUUCCCCGAUGGUAAGAGUGGAGAAGGUGCCUCACAGCCGAGCUUCUCGGGCUCCUUCUCCCUCCUGCAUGCCUGUGAGGGCAGCAGUCCUUGGGAGGUUAUGAGUCUGAUCAACCAACAGUGUGAGCGGCUACUUCACUCAGGGCAGGCCGAUGGACAAGAGGAGGAUUCCACCGCUGUAUCAACUAAUAAUGACCCUUCUGACAACCUCUUGUGUCCGAGCAGCAACAGCAUCCAUGCAGAGGAAUCGGAGUGCAGAGAGAAUUCUGUCUGCUCCACUUCUGCCCUCUCACUCGCUGUCAGUGAAAUAAGGGACCACUGCAGUGUUGUAUCUCAUAGUGGGGAAACGGACAUUGUUAAGGAAGAGGCCCUUGUUGUCCGGAGCACAGAGACCAUUCCACAGCACUGUGCAGUGCAGUCAGCUCAGGACAUAGAUAAUCGAGCAGCAGACGCACCAGUGAACUUAUCUGAUCACAAUUACAGCUUCUCUGUUAGCACAACAUGCAGGCUUCUGAGCCUCCACCAGGAACAGUGUGCGGAAUUGCCAUGCUCAGAGGCAGAGGUGGUCGCCUCACCUUGCACAAAGAGUCCCCCACAAUCAGAUCAGAGGCCCACAUCAGACUGCCAAGUGGACCGCAAACUUUCCCACAGUCCAUCCAGAAAGGGCGCUGAACCCAAUCCAGGCCCCAGCUCUGUGAAGGAGCCUGGCCUGACUCUGGCGGAGGACAAGGCUUUCAAACCGAGCCCUGGCUUCUCCUUAGACUGCAAUAACAACGUCAAACCGCACAGCCCCGUGCAGACGAAGCCUCCCAGAGUGUGUGAGCCCACGGGGUCGGGGAUUUCCAGCGCUACACUGGAGCUCAGCUUACCCACCGGCCUGCCCACGCCGGACCAUAAAAGUCUGCGUGACCAGGAAGAGGGGGAGACGACCAAGGCCCAGACCCAACCCCGGGCCGCGGCGGCCCACCCGUCAGACAACCAGCGGAGCAGGACACCCAGGAAGCAGGCACACCCCUGCCGCAGUGUGGACCCACGUGACCCCAACCUUCAGGGAGUCAUCUUUAGUAUGAACUCUAAGCUGGAUGACAGCAGCAACCAGUGUCGCCUACUCAUAACCUCAAACUAUAGAAAGGAGUUGCGCAAGAGGGCCUGCGGAGGCCGGAGGUGCCGGGCCCUGCGUCUGCCCAGGGAGGCCAGCAGCUCGGAGGAGGAGUGCGAGUCCUACAGCCUCUCCACAGAGUCUAAGACAUGUGCAUCGUGCUGCACCAGGAAGACGCCCCUGUGGAGGGAUGCGGAGGAUGGUACGCCUCUUUGCAACGCAUGUGGGAUCAGGUAUAAGAAGUAUCGUGUGCGUUGUACAAAUUGUUGGCACAUCCCCAGGAAAGAUGGCAAGUCCAGGUCCCAGUGCUUCAAGUGUGGAGACGUGCUACGGCUCACCUCCACCCACAAACGUGCCGGCUGGUAGGGUAUCUUCUCAGCCCGAGGUCGGGCUCUUUUGGUGGUUACCUCCCUUCCUCUCCACUGAUGGAUAUAGCCCAGGAUAAGUGUAAAUUAACUUGACACCCACCUCAGUUAGCACCCAUCACACUACCCAGUAUUACAUCAGCUGCAAAUCAGCAGUAAAGCGUGAAGGGAAAAUUGGAGAGGAGAGGAUACUGUUUGAAACUAACAGAGACGAAAGGCAAGUAGGCCUGUCAGUACAAACUCCAAAAUAUUAUUUGACAACUGCACACUCCAGACUGGGCCUGGGAUCACCCUGGCUGAAAUUAGAUUACUCGCUGUUCUCUCUCUCAUUCACGCGCACACACACACACACACACACACACACACACACACACACACUUCUCUC